CACUCAUUCGAAUUGGUUUAUUAUUUUAAUUUUCUCCCUAUUUUCCUUAAAUUUUCCGAGUAUUGCUCCCUUUUUCGUUCAGUGCUGAAUGGGUGAGAAAAAAAGUAGGUGUGAGUUGAAAAAAGUGAUAAUUUAGAACACUCCAUUGGGUAAAUAGCAAGAGGGUUAGUAACAAGAGUUUCUGUUCAAAAGUCCGCGAAAGUCUUAAAAAGUCGAAUAAGUUUUGGGAAAGUCUCUUGGGUAAUUCAAUUGUGACGUCAAUUUGGUGCAAAAAGCGGCAGUUUUCCAAUCUUCGAAGCAAGAGGAGAGUAUUCCUUGGCUCAAGUGUAAAAUUCUAUUAAUUCUCCAAAAGUGCUGAAAAUUCGAAAAGAAAGGAGGGACCUUUGGUGAGAAAAUCAGCUGAGUGACUCGUCAAAUCGAAAAACCGUGACUUUGUUCAUCUACUUCAAGAAAAGGUUUCAAAGACUGAGUGUGCAAUUGGUACAGAAUCUAGACUACAGACAUCAUGUCCACAAUGUAUCGCGUGAUUUCCAAGUACAAAAUUGUCCGUGGUAUGGUAUCGUAUUCCUUCCUCUGGCCAGCAGGGAGUCUCAUCCAGCAAACCAUUGAGGGCAAGAAUUUCAGUAACUAUGACUGGGUAAAAUGUAUCCGGAUGGGCAUCUUUGGCACAUUUAUCAUUGGUCCAUCAUUGUACAUCUGGAUGCGUUUUGCCAACACCAUGUGGCCAAGACGUGAUCUCAAAUCAUCGCUGAGCAAAGCUCUCACCGAACAGGUCUCUUAUGAUCCCCUCCUAAUAACAAUAUUCCUCUUCGGGAUGAGCCUCCUCGAGGGAAAAUCUGCCCGUGAAGCACGUCGCGAGGUGAAGGAUAAGUUCUUCGAUACUUACAAAGUUGGUGCUGUUUUCUGGCCAUGUGUGCAAACUGUCAACUUUACCCUCAUCCCACAAAGAAACCAAGUUGUUUUCGUCAGUAUAUUCAGUAUGAUUUGGAGCAGCUUUAUGGCUUACAUGAAGCACACAGAGAUUGAGAAGAUACGACAGAAGAAGCAGGAGAAGAAGCAAAAGAAACUGGAGAAAAAGAUGAAAAAGUUGGCCGAAAAAUUACAGUAGUUGUUUUUUUUAAUUUUCAUCGCAUAAUCAACACAAUUUAGCACAAUCUCAUUCCGAAUUGAAUAAAUGGUUAAUUUAUUGAUAAAA